AUGUGGAGGCUGCGGGCGGGGGCUGAGUACUGGCGAGGGAGGCUUCUUGACUCCGUCAGCCCUGAAGGAAGGAAAUGUGGGAUCCGUGCGGUUGAUGUGACAACAGAAACUGUCUUGGAAACUGGGUUCUUCCUUAGAGUUACUGGUUGGAGAAAUUCAACAGUCGGCGGACAUCCGUGGUGGGUCUCCCUAACAUCAGGUGAGCACCACUUCUGUGGAGGAAGGUUGAUCCAGGAGGGCCUGGUUGUUACCGCAGCACACUGCCUGGUUGACCUCAAUGAGAAGCAAAUUAAGAGUCUGACUGUGACUGCUGGGCAACACAGCCUCUCCCAGAAGGGUGUACACGAACAGAAGAGUCCUGUCUCAAAAAUUAUUAUCCAUCCUGAGUACCACAGACUUGGACAUAUGGGUUCUGAUAUUGCGCUGCUCUCCCUAGAACACAAAGUUGAGUUUGGAACUGCUGUUCAGCCAAUCUGUCCUCAUAGAGAUGAGAAAUCUGAAGCAGGGAUUCUUUGCAUGACCAGUGGAUGGCGCAAGAUCUCAGAGACAUCAGAAUAUUCAAACGUCCUAUGAGAAAUAGAACUUCCCCUCAUGGAUGACAGAAUGUGUAAUAGUGUGCUCAAGUGUAUGAACCUUCCUCUUCUGGGAAGGACAAUGAUGUGUGCCAGGUGUCCAGAUGGGAAAAAGGAUGCCUGCCAGGGAAACUCUGGAGGUUCAUUUGUUUGUAGAAGAGACAGUGGAAUCUGAGCCCUUAUUGGGAUAAGUUCUUGGAGAGCUGGUUGGACUAAAGAUUGGACUUCUUUAAGAAAAAAACAUAAAAGAGCAUCGCUGGGCAUUUUCUCCAAGGUGUUUGAGUUGAUGGAUUUUGUCACUCAGAACAUACUCACAGCUUGUAGAUCACAAGGAAUCGUGUUAUUUGGAGAAAAUGGCAAGAUUCGUUACCCCCAUUCCGAAGAGAGAAGUUUUCUCCAUGGAUGCUUAUGUAUGUGGAGAAUAACAGUACCAGAAAAUAAAAUUAUCCUGGUAAAAUUUACAAGCUUAGACAUACAAAAUAAAAUUGGAUGUGACCAUGACUAUAUAUCUUUACAAUCGAGCAAUGGAGUGCUUAUUAGUAAGGUCUGUGGAGGUCUGUUGCCUCCAUCCUUGCUGACAGAGACCAAUGAGGCCAUAGUUACAUUUGUUUCUAGGACAGGAAACCAUGGCAGCAGGUUGGAGCUGACCUUUACUGCCAUACAGAAGAGCUCAGGAGCAGGCCCAGGCAGGGGGAGUGUGGCUGCACCGGUGGAAGGAAGGACAGUUCACUCUGUCGAUUAUCCUGACUUGUAUCCCACACGUGUAAGGUGUCAUUGCUUCAUUCAUGCUCCAGAGAAACACAUUGUACAAUUGGAAUUUGAGGACUUUAUCACUGAAUUUAGCCAAAACUGUGUUUAUGAUGUGGUUGUGACUUACGGUGAUCCUGAAGAGGAGCACGAAUUAGCUAAAUUUUGUGGGAUUUUGAACUUUACUCCAGUAUUCAGUCCUAAUAACAUAUUGGAGAUUCACUGUAAAAGUGAUGGUGAAAAUACCUUCCAGGGCUUCAAGGCUAGAUUUAACUUUUUGCUCUCACGUGAAAAUGUUUCCUCUAUACUCUUUAAACCACGUUGGAUCAACAUCACCCCCCCCCGCCCCCGAGUCAAUCCCCUGUCUUCUGCAAAAGCUAUUCUGUGUGGCAUCUGUGGCAUCCCUCCAUUUAGUCUCCAGUGGCUUUCGAGAAGAAUUGUAGAGGGGGACGAAGCCUGCCCCCACUGCUCAGUGGGCGUGAGGUUCCUAGGCAGUCACCAGUGUGGAGAGACCAUCCUCAACCCUACUUGGAUUCUGACCGCAGCCCACUGUGUGCAAUUGAAAAAUAAUCCUCUCUUCUGGACCAUUGUCACUGGACACCGUGAGAGAACCCUGAAGGAACCAGUUGAGCAGGUGAGAAGGGCAAAACGCAUCCUGGUGUGAGAAGCCUUUGGUAGACGGAAUCAUGACUCUGACGUCGCCCUGAUAGAGCUGAGCUCUCCUCUGGAGUUCAACUCCAUCGUGAGGCCUACGUGUCUCCCACAAAGCAUGGAGCCUCUCUUUCCCUCGAAGACCUGUGCUGUGACUGGAUGGGGGAGACUUAGUGAAGACAGCAGCCUAGCAAGGAGCUUCCAACAGAUCCAGGUGCUUGUGUUGGAAAGAGAGGUCUGGGAACGUGCUCACUCCUCUCACCCAGGAGGGCUCACGGAGAAGAUGACGUGUGCUGACUUAGCAGCCUCUGGAGGGAGAGACUUCUGUCAGGGAGACUCUGGCGGCCCAUUGGUAUGUAGACAUGAAAAAUAUCUCUUUGUCCUAUAUGGCAUUGCCAGCUGGGGGGCUGGCUGUGCCCAGCCAGGGAAGCCAGGUGUAUUUGCCAGGGUGAGUGUCCUCUUGGACUGGAUCUAAUCCAAAAUCAAAGGUCCUGUUUCACUUCAGAUAAGUAAGGAAAGCAAAACAUUAUCAAGACGACCGUUGCCACCAGCCACACCUUCAACAGAUGAUGCAUCUGGACCAGGUUGUUACUCUGAGGUGGAACUUGAAGAGCCCAGAGGCUUUUUUUUUUUUUUUUUUUUUUUUUUUUUUGCAUCUCCAGGAUAUCCAGUGGAUUAUAGAGGAGAACUGAAAUGUUCUUGGGUGCUCAGGGUGUCCCCUAGCAGUAUGGCAAAAUUGACGGUUAAGUACCCGUCACUGCCUUGGUCUCCUGUGUGUCCAGAUUCAGUUAUGAUUGUUUAUGAAGAAAACCACAAUGACAAAAGGGUAUCUGGUAAUAAUCCUUGCUGGCAUUUCAACUUGGAGCUGGGAGGCUUUUCUAGGGCUAAAACUUUCAUCUCCUUGUCUGAAGACUCUCGGUGUCUGGAACAACCCCUAGUGAGAGUGGUAUUUUGUUCCUUUGUGCAAGGUGCUUUGGGCAUAAGUUACAUUGUUUUUAGAGUUUUAGGUCCAAAGGGCAGUAAAGCUACCAAACUUCUCCAGAGUUCAAAGCAAGAACGUACAGCCACUUGGGAGGAUGUUAUUCUGACUAAACCAGGAGAAAUCAUACAGAUCCCAGGGUACUCUCACAGAACCACUGUGAGUUGCCACUGGAAGUUAUUAGCCCCUUUACAUCAUGUUGUUUGCCUUGAUAUUAUCAACUUCCAGAUGAAGCCGACACCCUUGGCCUGUCAGGGUCACAUGUGGAUUCAUGAAGGAUUGGGCAAAAAAUUUAUAGAUUCCAUAAGAGGAAAAAAUAAAGUUAAUGAUAAAGGAUGUCCAGUAUUGGAUUUGAUUCCAGUUAGUUCUACUGAGAUCACAUCUCCCAAUUGUCCUAACAUAUAUCCCAAUAUGCUGAACUGCAUUGGGAGUUUUCAUUCCAAAUCAGGAAAUAAAAUGAAGGUGGGGAUUAAAGACUUUACAACAGAAGAAUCUUGGAACUGUGAAUGGGAUUAUUUCAGUAUUUAUGAUGGACCAGAUCAGCAAUCAAGAUUACUUGAAGACGAAUUUUCUGAAAUUGUGCAGGAGGCAGUGGUACCACUGAUCAGCAGCACAUCUUGUCAAAGCUACUGGGGCCUGGAUAUUAAAAACAGUGACAUAUGCAGAAGGGCUGCGGGCUCAUCCUCAUGCAUGGUAAUUCGAGGACGCAUUGACAGGUUGCAGGGAGAUUCUGGAGGACUGCUGCAAUGUGUCCACAACGGACAGUAUGAGCUCAUUGGUAUUGUGAGUUGGGGCAUCAGGAACUGCCAGCCCACGGCACCCCCAGUCUUUGCCAGAAUUUCUGCCUACAGGGACCGGAUCGCAUCUGUCACUGGAGGAGAAGUGUGA